UAUUAUUUUUCUUUUGCAAACGUAGUUUGUUUUGCUUGAAAAUUGGAUUUGAUUUCUAGAUCCAAAAAUCAAAAUAGAACUGUGAUGUCUUUAGUCAAUAAUUCCAGUAGCAUUAGUGAUUAUAUAAAAAUUAUUCUAGAAAAAUAUGUACAAAAUCAAAAUGACAUCAGUUUAUCAGAAUAUUAUGAAAAGCUGAUCAAAGUAAUAUUUGAUACUUGUUUUCAAUGCUUUUCAAAAAAACACUUAUUGAAAUCAAUAGAAAAUUCCUCUCCACAACAUUUUGAAAUUGCUAAGUCUUCUGAAAUUUCUUCAAAUUUAGACGAUAUUUGGAUUUUUGGGUAUGGUUCCUUAAUAUGGAAGGUAGAUUUCCCAUUUGAAAUUUGUCACCGAGGUUAUAUAUGCAAUUACGAAAGACGUUUUUAUCAAAAUAGCUUAGAUCACAGAGGCACUCCGGAACAACCCGGUCGAGUUGUAACAUGUAUCCCAUCAGUAAGAGAGGCUAGGGUUUAUGGUAUGGCGUACAAAAUUCCAUCCAACUUAAAAGAUGAAGUGCUAAGUCAUUUAGAUUAUAGAGAGAAAAAUGGAUAUGAACGAUGCUCUAUAAACUUUUUUCAUUAUCCUGAUGAAAAUCAACCAAAUUUUAAAGUUAUAAUGUAUAUUGCUACCGCAGAUAAUGAAUCUUAUGCUGGACAUAUUUCGGAUAUUAAAAACAUAGCGGAGCAAAUUUAUUGGGCUUGGGGACCUUCAGGUAGUAAUAGAGAAUAUGUAUAUAAUUUAUCAGCAGCUAUGAAAAUGUUGUUUCCCGACGUUAUCGAUGCACAUUUAUUUGAAUUAGAAAAUGAAUUGAGACAAAAAGAAACAUUAGAUGAAGAAAUUUCAAACCAAAUUGAAUCUCAUCUAAAAGUGGAAUUGCCUAAAUUGUUCGAAAACAAUAUCACUUGCAACAAUUUAUCACGGGACAUUGAUAAUUUAUUACGAAAAUUAAAAAGAAACCACUAUCAACCGUAAUUUUA